AUGCAGCCCCGGGAACCUCGUGCUCGAAUUGCAGCGCAUUGGGGCAGUCGUGCAUACUGAUUGACUCGAAGCGUGGCAAAUACAUUCGAAAGAAUGUCAGGCACUCCCCAACUCAGCGCGCUUGGUCAUCCACUAUUACCACCGAUGGACAGGCAACCAGCCGUGCAUCCCAACCAUUAACAGCGACAUUCUCAAUUGACGAUAUAUCUGGAGUAUCGGCCAGUUCAUUCUGCUCGUUCUCAACCGGCGAACACAAUGUCACUACUGCUUCGGCAGACAGUUCACGAAAAGCGGCUGAUCGUCAUUCCCAAAUACUGCCAGCACAGGAGGACCGCCAAAUCCCUGCUGAAGCAAACCCGGAGCAGCAACAAUUAGCCGCGAAGGAUAAAGAAGGGUCGGAAAUGCUUUAUUUGAGGUUAUGUGAAUCUUACCUAUCACCGCGGCCAUCGUCGACUACUCCACCGGGUAGCCACCGAGUCGUAUAUAUGGGGGAAUCAUAUACUUUCAGCUACCUCGUUCAGGAGAUCAACAGUCCUCCAUCCACUUCAAACAACAUAUCCUCCUCUCCAGCUCCAAUUACACCAUUACAACAGCAAAAACGCAAACACCCACAACCCAAGUUACAGUGGUCCGUGCCAGCAAGUGUUGACGACAAGGCCCGCAACUUAGGAUACGAUCCACAGCUUGACCCGGGCGAACUAGAAUUCCUUAACUCGGUCGGAGCAUUUUCUGUGCCAGAGAGAAAAAUCAGCGAUCGAUUGGUAAAGACUUUCUCCGACUACGUUUUUCCAAUCUUUCCUAUAUUCGACAGUGCCGACUUUAUACUCCAAUACAACACCGGCCGUCUGUCUUUGCUUUCACUAAAUGCUGUCUAUCUGCUCGCUGUAACGCUAUGUUCUGAUGAUUUGAUUGCCCAGGCUGGCUUUUCCAAUCGUUUCAUGGCUCGGAGAACCUUUCACAAACGUGUCAAGGCAUUGUACCACCUUGACUAUGAAACGGAUAAGAUAGCUAUCAUCACAAGUCUUUUUAUCAUUAGCUUUUGCUGGAAUGGCCUUAUGGACGAGAAGGAUAUGUGGCACUGGCUCGGAGCAGCUAUUGGGUUAGCCCAGGCGCAAGGGAUGCAUCGGUCGACGAAUGGAACGGAUUUGAGCCUCAAGGAACAAAGGUUAUGGAAACGAAUAUGGUGGUCUCUCUACAUACGUGACAGACACAGUGCCGCUGCUCUAGGCCGCCCUCUACGCAUUCGAGAUGAGGAUUGCGAUGCUGAAAUGCUGCAGGAAGAAGAUUUCGAAGGCACUGAAUCUCCAAAUCCAGCAGUUUUUAGCACGCCAAGGCGAGUUCAUAUCCUUAGCUCGAUUCACCUGGCAAAGCUCUCGAUCGUGUUCGGCCAAAUCAUCCUCGUCAAAUUCACUGUGCAAGGGCCAAUCAUGACCGAAUCCGAAAAAACCGACCUAACCAAGAAACUGGAAACAUGGCGACGAGAGCUCCCUCUCGAGCUGAGUAGUCAGCACUGUGCCAAUCAAACUGCAGACUCUCAAUUCUGGGUGAACAUUCUCGAUAUUCUCUACAGCCAUCAUUUGAUACUCCUCCACCGCCCCAAUUUCACCGACACGGACAGCGAAAGUUUCUCCGCUAAGAAUCUGGCGUUUAGCGCCGCAAGCUCAGUGACACGCGGAAUUGAGAAUUUGAUGAUAUCCGAUACCCUGAGACAGGCCCAGCUUCAUGUAAUCCCAAGCAUCUUCGCCGCACUGGCUAUCCAAGUCCUCGUCAUUCGCAAUUCGAAGCACGACAUGCAGAAGAAACUAGCCGAGAACCAUGCGCGACAGUGCAUGCUCAGCUUGAGCGAGAUGCAAAAGUCGUGGCCGGUGUGCAGCUGGGUGCUGAAGCUUUUCGAGCAAUUGCUGAAACAUAAUCGAGAGACGGAGACCUCAUCUAGUAUCGAGUCGCUGGAUUCUGAUUCGUCUGGACGAGAGAAGAAAGUUGGGAGGGAUUGUGAUUCGAUGCUGAGAAAUCUCAAUGCUGAGCAGGCAGAUUCUGGAUUUGAUCAGACUAAUGUUGAUGAAGGCCCGGUGGAGUGUGAUUUGCGAGAGGUUGGCGAGUGUCAGGAUGAAGAGGCAAGCAGCAACAUGGAUUGGAUGCAGUCGUUCGCCAAUAAUCGGUCGUUUACCUUGGAUAAUGCAUUCUCUGCUGGGGAUUUCGGUUUCGAUCUCAAUGACAAUACAGAGUUUCUGUCCUACUUGUUGAAUCAGGCUCCACCAACAUGAAUCUACUUGUUUUCGGAAUGUUUACUCUAUACCAUCUGUACACUACUAGGUUCUUCGAACCUAUUGUCUAUGUUUCUUUAAUGAUCCAUCUGUCUGUGACAUUCCUUUCGCAAUCUAAGACUGGAUAAAGGAAGUACAUUUCAAUUCAAUCCCCGUCCUCCUCACCAAACGCCAGGCCCAGAACUCCAUAUCACCCAACCAGCCAAUCGAACGGG